AUGUUCCGCUCUUUUACUUCUCUUCCUCACUCUUUUCGCAAUAUUUCCCUCCCCUCCACGCUCUCUCCCUCACGACUGGUAUUCCGCAACUCUCUACCCGCAACUCCCGCUGCUCCGAAGCGAUUCCAUAGCCGGUCUUACUCUACCGCAAGUCCCUCGGCCUCUAUCUAUCCACCCCCACCCCACCAAAACCAGCGCUCUCGUCUCCGCCGCUUUAUCGGGUUCACCACGAUCGCUGUCUUCACAUUCACCAUCGGGCUUACCUAUCAAACCCAACGCACCCUCUCACGCAUCAUGGCGACCCCAAAUGACGAGGAGGUCCUGACCGCAUUCCUUGACACCGACUCCGAGAUCACGGAGAUCGAGAACACAAUCCGCACUCACCCCGUCGCAGAGGCCCUCCGCGCAGACCCCGACUUCAGCGAAUCGCGCCCACACCUUACAAUCCCGGGCCCUCUGCGCGAACGCAACCUGACAGCCGGAACGCUAGCAGGACCCGGCAAGAUUGUCGUGCCGCCAUAUGUAUUCAGCGAGCGCGAGGGCAAGACCAUGAUCUCGCUCAUGUAUCUCGGCGGCGAUGUCUGCGGUCACCAGGGUAUUAUUCACGGUGGUCUACUGGCUACACUGUUGGACGAGGGUCUGGCGCGUUGUUGCUUCCCCGCUCUACCUAAUAAGGUCGGCGUUACCGCCAAUCUGAAUAUUGAUUACCGUGCUCCGGCUAUGGCGAAUCAGUAUGUCGCCCUCCGCGCGGAGACUGUUAAGGUCGAGGGUCGCAAGGCGUGGGUGGAAGGUCGUAUUGAGACUCUCCCGAUUGAUGGUUCGGAGCCUGUGGUCCUAGUUGAGGCUAAGGCUUUGUUCAUUGAGCCCCGACAAGCUGCUGCGCUCUCGAGUCUCUACAAGGUGGCGUGA